UUAUCUUCUCAAUUGUACAAAAACCAAACUUUGGUCUUGGAGCUAUGCUGACGAUUUUCUCUGCCUCCUCUCUUGCCCUCAAACGCUCCAUUCCUAGUAUUCUGGCUCUCAACAAAGCUGCUUUUCCAGGUGCAGCAUUUCCCAGGCAGAUAGGGACUAACUAUGGGCAUCAGAAGCAAAAGCAAACACUCAGUUAUUCUUUUAAACCCCUCCAGCACCAUAAUAGGGUGCAAAACAUACAUACUUCGACGCACACUAUUACAGUCUACGUGAAAGACAAAAAGAUAUUAGUUGAAUUUCCAACAUUUCAUAGAGACGGUACUCAAACUCGUGUAGUUACACAUGGCAAAUACAAGAAGCUUAAUAAUGGUAUAUACUACAAGGAUAUUUGUACCGGUACUGGUCCACACCCAAAGAACGAUAAAGGGGAUGCUUUUACUUCAUUUUAUGCUGGAAUAGAAUAUGUCAUCUAUGAUGAGUCGGGCAAUCGUUUAGAAUAUGGGAAUCGAGUCCAAAUCAAAAUGGGAAAGAAGGAAUUUGGUCCAGGUGAAAAAAAAAAAUUAAUAACUAGUAGCUUUUUAUUUUUAUAUCAUUACUAAUUAAUUUAAUGUUUUUCACUAUAGGUUAGUUUUUUAGUAUCUUUUAGCCCUAUUCUCUGUAUAACUAACAACAUUUGUUGUCUUUUACCCAAA